AUGAAGAAACUCUUCAUAUUCCUAUUGUUUACUGUGUUGCUUUCUGAAAAAUAUGUGAAUACUCAGACAUGUGAAAUCGAUACUGUGAUUGAAUUGAAGAUUAAGAAAAUAAUUGAUUCCACAGUGCCUUCACUUCUGUCAAAGGUCCAGAUUGUUUGCCAAGAUGUGUCUGGUCAAGGUGCUUUUGCCAGUUGUCCAUCAGGUUUUAUACCCACCUCAUGUUCCUGUGGAAUGGCUUGUGGAUCUUGGGAUAUUCGUCAAAACUCAGUUUGUCACUGCCAAUGUGCCCGUAUUGAUUGGACUUCAGCCCGGUGCUGCAAAAUCUCUUUUGCCUGA